CCUGCAGGGAGUAGGAAGGCCGCGCGUUCCGCCGUGCCGCUCGCCGCAUCUCCCUCGUCCCCCCUCCCCGCGUCGCCAUGAAUUUCCUCCGCGGUGUCAUGGGCGGACAGGCCGCUGGGCCGCAGCCCACGGGCGCCGAGACGGUGCAGAAGUUAUGUGACCGUGUCGCGUCCUCCACACUGAUCGAGGACCGGAGGGGUGCCGUGAGGGCUCUCAAAUCGCUCUCCAAGAAGUACCGCAUGGAGGUCGGCACGCAAGGCAUGGAACACCUUCUGCACGUCCUGCAGACUGACCGGUCCGACGCGGAGAUCACGGCCUUCGCGUUGGACACGCUGUGCAACAUCGUCUCGAACGACGUGGGCGAGGAAGAAGAGGAACAGCACCACCAGCAGCAGCAACAGCAGCAGAAGACGGCCCCAGAGGAGGACCUGGGCGCCCAGUUCACCGACGUCAUCAUCCAGAAGCAGGAGAACGUGUCGCUGCUGCUCUCCUUCCUUGAGGAGUUUGAGUUCCACGUGCGAUGGGCGGCUGUGAAGCUGCUCACGGUACUCCUGAAGAACCGAGGACCGGCCGUGCACCAGAUCAUCCUCGUCACGCCCACAGGAGUGUCGCGCAUGAUGGACCUGCUGGUGGACACCAGGGAGGUGAUCCGAAUGACGUGAGGGCUGCUCCUGCUGCAGCAGCUGACCAAGGGGAAUGCGGCGAUCCAGAAGAUCGUGGCCUUCGAGAACGCCUUCGAGAGGCUGCUCGACAUCGUCUCCGAGGAGGGGCACAGCGACGGAGGGAUCGUGGUGGAGGACUGCCUGCUCCUGCAGAACCUACUCAAGAACAACAACUCCAACCAGAACUUCUUCAAGGAGGGCUCCUACGUGCAGCGCAUGAAACCCUGGUUCGAGGUGACCGAGGAGAGCGCUGGCUGGUCGGCGCAGAAGGUCACCAACCUGCACCUCAUGCUGCAGCUUGUGCGGACGCUGGUGUCUCCGGCGAAUCCGGCGGGCGCCGUGGCGGCGUGCCAGAAGGCCAUGUUCCAGUGCGGCCUCCUCCAGCAGCUGUGCGCCAUCCUCAUGGCCACCGGCGUCCCGGCGGACAUACUCACCGAGACGAUCAACACGGUGUCGGAGGUGAUCCGAGGGUGCCAGACGAACCAGGAGUACUUUGCGGCGGUCAGCGCUCCCUCCACGCCGCCGAGGCCGGCGCUGGUGGUGCUGCUCAUGUCGAUGGUGAAUGAGCGUCAGCCGUUUGUACUGCGCUGCGCCGUGCUCUACUGCUUCCAGAGCUUCCUCUACCGCAACCCGGGGGGGCAGGGCCAGAUCGUUGCCACGCUGCUCCCCUCCACCAUCGACGCCAGCGCCAUCUCGGCGGGACAGCUGCUGUGCGGGGGCCUGUUCUCGGGCGACGCUCUCUCCAACUGGUGCGCCGCGGUGGCGCUGGCGCACGCCCUCAUCGGCAACGCCGCCCAGAAGGAGCAGCUGCUGCGGGUGCAGCUUGCCACGUCGCUGGGCAACCCGCCCGUGUCGCUGCUGCAGCAGUGCACCAGCAUCCUGUCGCAGCCUCCCCUCGCCCCGCUGAACUGA